AGCUAGAGUCACCACCAACAUUAACGUGAGAUUUGAGGUUCAAACAGAAAUUAAUCGACAAAAGGGAAAGGAGAAAUACCAUAACCCGGUGCCCUCUCCUAGCCAAAGCUUUUGGCAGAGUCCCAGCUACAUCUCCAAGCCCUCCUGUUGAAGUUAAAAAUGAUAAAUGUCAGUGAAUCUUAUUUAAAUAUCAUAAUAACACUUUAUAAACCCAAACAACAGUCAUUCACUUCAUUACCAAUUGUGGAGCAUAGACUUGAUACAACAAAUUUUCAGUACUUGAGAGGUAAGAGUAAAAAUACAGCAAAAGAUCAAUCGGAAAAUACGAAAAUACUAAAAAUAUCAAUACCUGUCUUUGACCAAGGAGCACAUUCCGCGGAAACUACUAUUACAUUCAUGGCAUUCGCUCCAGCCAGAGGAGGGGAAUCCACAUUUUCUACCUCAAUAUCUGCUUCUGUAUCUACACCAUCAGAUUUUGCUUCCGUAUGGUUCUGAGCAUUCUCAUCUUCAGUACCCCUUUCAGAUUCUUGUAUAAUAAGUGAUGAUUCGACUGAAUCAUAAGUAGAAUCAAGAUCUGCAUCUUUUGCUAGUCCAUCAGCUUGUAGGAUAUCACCUUGCUCUUCUGCUUUCUCUAAAGAAUUUUCAGUUUUACCGAUACAUUGAGUCUUAGACAUCUUAGAUUCAUUUCGCUCAAAAUGAAGAUAAAAUCAUUCAUCUUCUCUUCUCUUUUUCUACCGAGAAGAAUGCUUGAAUCUGAUCCUGACAUAGAAGUUUCAUGGCAUCAUUCUAAACAACUUAGGAAACUACGAGUUCGGAAUCCUUAUCGUCUGCAUUCUACCUGUUUGUCUUGUCCAGGGUCGUGGUCCAGUUGAGGACUUCUUCCAUGUCGACUUGCCCGAUCAACACAUGGACCUCUUCAAGCUGUAUGAGCCGAUGGGAGGUGACCACUUCAACAUCUUCGCGGCCGGCCUCAAGACUGCUGACCGCGUGAUCACCGUCAGCCGUGGCUACGCAUGGGAGCUCACAACAUCCGAAGGUGGGUGGGGACUCCAUGAGAUCAUAAACGAGAAUAACUGGAAGUUCCAAGGCAUCGUCAACGGGAUCGACACAGUGGACUGGAACCCUGAGCUGGAUCUUCACCUGCAAUCCGAUGGCUACAGAAACUAUUCCAUUGAGACUCUGCAAGCCGGGAAACCACAGUGCAAGGCGGCGCUGCAGAAGGAGCUCGGCCUCCCUGUCCGCGAGGACGUCCCCCUCAUCGGAUUCAUCGGCCGGCUGGAUCACCAGAAGGGCGUCGACCUCAUUGCGGGUGCGAUGCCUUGGAUCGUCGGGCAGGACUUGCAGCUGGUGAUGCUGGGCACCGGGCGGGCCGACCUGGAGGAGAUGCUGCGCAAGUUCGACAGGGAGCACCACAACAAGGUGAGGGCGUGGGUGGGGUUCUCGGUGAAGAUGGCGCACAGGAUCACCGCAGGGGCGGACGUCCUGCUCAUGCCAUCGCGGUUCGAGCCCUGCGGGCUGAACCAGCUGUACGCCAUGAAGUACGGCACGGUCCCGGUGGUGCACGCCAUCGGCGGGCUUCGCGACACGGUGAUCCCGUUCGAUCCCUUCAGGGAGAGCGGGUUCGGGUGGACGUUCGACCGGGCGGAGGCCAACAAGCUGAUCAAUGCGCUGGGGAACUGCCUCAACACCUACAGGAACCAGAAGGAGAAUUGGAAGGGCCUGCAGACGCGAGGGAUGGCGCAGGACCUGAGCUGGGACAACGCCGCCAAACAUUACGAGGAAGUCCUCGUCUCAGCAAAGUAUCAGUGGUGAUCUUUGAGAACAUGAACGAACAGUAUCUA